AUGUACAAUAAUGAACAAUGUACACUGCAAUAUACAAUAUACACUACAGUGUACACUACAAAGCACAAUGUAUACUACAAUGUACAUUACAAUGUACAAUGUACACUACAAUAUACAAUGUACACUACAGUGUACACUACAAUGUACAGUGUACACUACAAUGUACACUACAUGUACAAUGUACACUACAGUGUACACUACAAUGUACAGUGUACACUACAAUGUACCCUACAAUAUACAAUAAAGGUACCCAGCCCUAACUACAAUGUACACUAAAUACACUACAAUGUACACUAAAUACACUACAAUGUACACUAAAUACACUAUAAUGUACACUAAACACACUACAAUGUACACUAAAUAUACAAUUACAAUGUACACUAAAUACACUACAAUGUGCACUACAAUGUACACUAAAUAGACUACAAUGUACACUAAAUACACUACAAUGUACACUAA